AUGAAACAGUGUUUUCCAAACUGGCCUGUGUUAUUUGUGGGAGAGAGUCUGACUCUCAGCUGUGAGGUGGAGGGAGCAGACACACAGUGGACCUAUGAGUGGAGCAGGAGCAGACUGAACCCACCUCCAACAACCAGAGAAUACACAGUGUCCAGAGUGACUGAGUCUGACACAGGAGCCUACAGCUGCAGAGCCCAGAGAGGCCCACACCUCACCACUGUGUGGAGCACCACCUCUGUCUCUGUACUCAGCAGAGCUCAGGUCACAGUGCGUCGACUCUCAGAGGUGCAGACAGGGGGCAGUGUGGUGCUGCUCUGCUCUGUCUCUCCACUUUCCUCUGGGUGGAAAUAUGAGUGGAGCAGAAAUGAGCAGCUCUUUAACCAGUCUUCAUCUGAGGCACAGGUCUCAGUGUCAGAGGGAGGGGAGUACCAGUGCAGAGCCAGCAGAGGAGAGUCUCCCGACUUCACUGAGCACAGCCCCAAGUUCACACUCAUAAGCACUGGUGCACCCAGAGGCGAGUCCUCUUCUCUUUCCGUGAUGUGGGUGGUUGGACCUGUGUGUGCGCUGGUUUUACUCAUAACACUGCUGCUUCUGUGGCGUUUUCUAAAGACUAAAGAGCUGUGCUUUCCAAGGACCAAUCAGAGCUCUGCUGAAGAUCAUGUGACCAACAAUGACCACGCCUCCCCUCCAAAUGAUGUUACUUAUGCCAUGAUUGAAUUUAAAAAUAAGAGAGAGAGGAACAACAGCGCACAAGGUGUUUUAUGUGACGUUAAUCCACACUCUUCAGGUACAGGUAAACUCUUAAAGGUCCAAAGCUAAGUGAGUUUAAUAAUACUAGGCU